AUGUCGGGUUACGCUAAAUACAUGAAGGAGUUGGUGACAAAUAAAAGGAUGAUAGAUUAUAUAACAAUUGAACUACCACAAACAUGUUGUGUAUUAAUACAAAAGAAUGAUGUCCUCAAGAGAGAUGACCUGGGAGCUUUCACGAUCCCGUGCACUAUUAGUAAGUGUAGUUUUGCAAAAUCAUUAUCUGAUCAUCGUUCAAGCAUACAUUUAAUGCCAUUGAUGAUAUUUGAUAAUCUUGGGCUUGAUAAACCAAAACAAAUGAAUAUGGGACUUGUAAUGGUUGAUCAUUCAAUAAAGAAACCAGUGGAUGUGGUCUACGAUAUGCUAGUGAAAGUUGACAAAUUUGUGUUCCACAUUGAUUUUGUGGUGAUUGAUAAUGAAAUUGAUGUCAAAAUGUUAGUAAUUCUUGGUAGACCGUUCUUCGCCACAGGGAAAGUUUUUGUUAAUGGGGAAUGCGGUGAAUUGAUGUUCCGAGUCAAUGAUGAAGUAGUUAAAUUUAAUAUUCACAAAUCAAUGAAAUACCCAAGUGAUAUAAAUGUUGUAUCUCACUUGGAUCAAAUUGACAAAGCCGUAGAAAGUAUUGAAAGUGCAUCAUUUUGUAGGGAACCUUUUGCUCAAGUGAUACUUAACUAUGAUCAAGAUGAAAUUGGCAACUAUGAUGAAGUUUUGGGCUGCCCUUGUAGGCGUUGGCUUACAUAA